GGGGGCACAUGGACACAUUUUCAUUCAUGAGCAAACAACACAGCACUUGAAGGCAACUUACAGCAAAGGCCCGGAUAUUUUUUUUGGUGCAUUUUGUUUUUCUAUUUUUGGGAUUCAACACUUCACUGUAGCGGUGGGGCCAGGGGCCAACCUUGACCCAGAGAUGCGGUCUCUUCUCCCGCUCACUGUCUAUUGCAUCAGCCUGGUCUGCUUCCAGCAGCUGCUGGCAGAGGACAGCUGGGACCAUCUCAACAAGCUGACUGACCUGAAAGAGAACCCCUCUUUGCCCUCCGAGGGCCAAACAAACACCCCCGCCCUAUCUUCAGAGCCCACUCCAACCCCAAAGUGGAACCACCUUCCGGCAUCUAGCCUUAAGAGAACCAACCCCAGCCUGGCGUGGGCGCGACCGGACGAGCGUUUGGAGGUUAGGUGGAGGAAGGGGUCCAGGGCUCGUCGCCACACCCACCUGGGUUUCCGGGCUGCCCACCACUACCCCCAUCAUGCCCAGCUGAUGAGAGUCGGUUGUGUCCUUGGAACCUGCCAAGUACAGAACCUGAGCCACAGGCUUUAUCAGCUUAUCGGCCAAAGUGGCAGAGAAGACUCGUCCCCCAUUAACCCAAGGAGUCCGCAUAGUUACGGAUGAGUGACCCUCACCGGGAAAAAACCUACAUUUUCGGUUAUUUAUCUCUUAAUGUAUUAGUCUGGUGGAUGUACAGUAUCCCAUAGUGACAAUUACAGUAUACUUCGCAUGAAUGACUGUUGUGCUUCUUUACUUUAUGUGCAAACUAUUUUAGGAUCAAUUCAUUUAUAUUUCACCCCGCCGCCCCCCAAUCUGAGAAUGUUUGCCUUUUGGUGGACGGACAAAGUCAAGCACCUCAGUUGGACAGGAGGCUAACCGUGUUAAUGUAAGAAUGAAGACUUAUCUACAACACUGACCUUGCCACUGGUUGUUAUCCUGUGCCUUGCUGAUCAGAAACUAGUUCCAGAGUCAUGUCAGACAAAACUUUCCUCGUUUACUGUCCAGCACUACACUCGUCCUUUGCAGCAACUGGGUCACUUCAUAGCAUCUGUGGAGAAAAUUUUUCAAAUUCAAAUGGGAACUUCUCAUAUUUUGCUGGAAAAUGUUAUUUUCCCCAUUACAUCAAUGACACAUUUUUUUUAAGUCAACUAUCACCAAUUAUUUUUUUAUUUUAAGAUGUGUAGCAAAGCCUGCAUUUUUUAUUUUUUUAUUUUUUACAAAUAUGUCAUCCAUGAAGUGGUGCGCACUUAUUUACAUAUUGUUACAGUAACAGUCAAUGACAUCCCACUCCAAUCCCCUAGAUGGCGGUAAUGUGCAUUACAAAGCACAUGAACGGAACAGAGCACACCAAUUAAAUAUAGUGCUAAAACAAAUAGUAAACGCUAUAAAUAAAUUACAACAACAUUUUUAAAAAGUUGAAAUUAAAUAACUACAGUCGUCCCUCGUUUAUCGCCGUUAAUUGGUUCCGGACACGAUCACGCUAAAUGAGUUUUCGCAAAGUAGUAAUCAUUAAUUGUGCAUUAAUUAUUUUCAUUGGUAGAACAUAAAAAAUAUGUUUAUGACCUUCUAAAUAUACGUAAGAGCCGUCUAGACAUGAAAUAACACCCUUCAGUCACCCUUGUAUGCUUUUAAUCAUAUUUAGUGAUACUUCCUGAGGCUGAGCCAAUCAGUGGCCACAAUACUGAACCACAUGCUCUGAUUGGUUUGGUCUCCUCUAGUAGCUAAUACAGCUGUAGAAUUUAUAUUUUAGUUCAUUUGGACAUAAAACCGCAAAAUUUGAAAAGCAAUGUGGAGAGAGGCAACUGUGUAAAAACAGUAAUGUACUCAUUGCAAACACUUCACCUCCUUGUGCACUUCAACUGCCAUUAUUUGUAGCUGUCAAUGCGAUUGCAGUCCAGUCCCUUUGAUGGUGAUAAUGUGCAUAGCGAAGUGGUUGACAACUGCUAAACAACAGAACAGAAUUGGGUGCGCUGACAUCAAACGUCUAAAAUAGGUAUAAUAUAAAAAUAUAUAUACAAAUACAAUUAAAAUAAUUAAAGCGUAGAUCUGAAAUUUAAGACUUUUUGUGUUGUAAUCAUCAAAAUCAUUUCAGAAAAUAUACGGCAAAUCACAUUGUUUCACCAAUAAUCAAAAUACAAUAUAAAACAAAUGUUUAGGUUAUUGCUGAUGAUGUAAACGUUACAAUAGAGCAAUGGUUCAGCUUUCUGUGGCUCCACUGUUGACAUUUCCACCCGUGCUGUUGGCACAUAUCAAAUAUUAGUCUUUUCACGUGAUUCAUAAGUUCUCCCUGCAAGUCAGGACUUUGGGCUUGACAGCAGUUUUAUUAAAGCUGGCCUAAUCUUUGCAGUCAUAUGCAGCACCACAGCAGGGAUGUGGAGAGGCACUGAAACCUCCACAGUCAUAGUCAAACCAAAUCAAAUAACAACAAAAAAAGGACUAGAAAUUAGAGUAAGGCACGUACGUGGCUGCCACACACUUUCAUAACAAAUAUUUAUAAAAAAUGAUAAAUUACAAAAAAAAAAAAAUAACAAUCACAAAAUCACUACACUGGCAAAAGUAAGGGAUUUUUUUAAAAUAUUUUUUGUCUCUAGAUCUGAAUAAAACACUAAAAUGUAUGAUGGCUGAUUAAAUCAAAAUCUCGGAUUAAAAAAAAAACUCAAAUAUGUUCCUUUCAUUAAAAAAAAAUUGCAAGAAAAAAUUAGUCAUUUUUUAGUGUUAUGAGAAGAAAAUAAAAACACAUUUUCCGAACAAUAAAGCUGCAUUGUUACAAGAAUAAAUCAUAGUAUUGAGAGAAAAAUAAUUGCAGAAUAAAUCGUAAUGUGAAGUGGACAAAGUCAGGUUGUUAUGACAAUAUUAACAUUGGAAAGAAACUAUGAAGUCGUAGCAUUACGAGAACAAACUUAAAACAUUUUUACAACAAUAAAGCUGCAUUGUUACAAGAAUAAAUUGUAGUAUUAAGAAAAAAUAAGUCAUAUUGUAAAAAGUGUAAAGUUGUCAUGUUACAAUAAUAAAGUGCUAGUGCAAAAGAAGUCAACAACAAACUAAAAACAUUAAAUAGGGGAAAAAAGGCUAAUUUACAAUAAUAAAGUUUUCAUGUACGAGAAUAAAUUACUGUAUUAGGAACAAAAUGAAUUCUGCAAAAGCGAGAAAACAUAUUUCCUGUAACCUUUCCACUAUCUUCGUGUCAUAAUUAUGAGCAAAACUCGCGUGCCAUCAGUGGCCAUCUAAGGUAAACUAUUUUCAAAUAUUGUUUUCCUACAUUAUGACUUAUUAUCAUAGUAUUACUUUAACAUUUUCUUGCAGACAAACACAAUUCUCGUAACAGUUCACCUUUUACUCCACGUAAAAACAAGAGUAUUUUUGUUUUUGGUAACGUCACCAUCCAUUUGUGCUGCUUCCCAGCAUGGCCCUAUCAGUCCUCUGUAACUGAGUAGCUAUAUGUCACAACUGCUUCAUUAGUUUAAUCUGUUCAAAGGCUUGCUGAGGUCAAACACGCCAUUCUGUCUGCUGCUAUCCAGCUAAUCAAUGUCUCGUGAUAGAUGCUUAUUAAAAGGCUUUUUAAAUGCCGACUGAAUCUCUGCACUUCUUAAAAAAUGUUUUACCUUCAGACACACAGUGUGUUUUUGUGUUAUCACUUCUUAUCUCCUUAAUGUUUGAUUUGUGCUCGAAAUCUUCGACACUUUUUUGCGCAGCACGCUUUUUGUGACGUCAAAGCCCUCCCACAUAGGAAAACACUGACUCGCUAUUGAAAAUAGCAAGACAUGAUGUGGAACAUUUCUUGGCAUUCCCUUACCUGUGUGUGUGUGUGUGUGUGUGUGUGUGUGUGUGUGUGUGUGUGAACACUUCAUCAUAAGAUGUGUCCUUUUGAGAAUGUUACAUUUGAAGAUUUUAAUAUAACAGAUGCCAGUGCACUCCAUACGGCAUCAGCAUGACUGUGAAUGAUGUGUGUAAAUAGAGAUAUUCAGCCAAACUAUUUAAAUAAAAUGUCUUUGUUUAAGUUAUAUUUAUGUGUAUGUCACCAAAGACUAUUUAUGUUACCUUUUUGCACUUGCAAAGUGACAGAAAAGCAAAAUAAAAAUCUCCAAAUGUCUGUAAAUGUUGUCCACCCUGUAAA